AUGAGUCACAGUAAACAGACUCUGUUCUCACAGGAAGAGCAGACAGAAACAAUCCACUCUGCCUUCAGGCAAAAGCCCGAAUCUUUUAAGAGCUUUAGAAUGGAGACAUCAGAGGAACACGAUUACGACUACCCUGAGUACGAAAACAACAGCUCUAACUUCAGCUACGAUGACUAUCAGACCAUCUGUGAAAAGGGUGAUGUGCGCUCCUUCGCGAGGAUCUUUCUCCCAGCUGUUUUUGUGUUAUCUCUGGUGAUUGGUUUAGCAGGCAACGCUCUGGUUGUGGCUGUGUAUGCGCACUGCAAGCAACUGAAAACUAUGACUGACACAUUUAUACUUCACCUGGCUGUGGCAGACCUGUUAUUGCUCCUAACGUUACCCUUUUGGGCUGCCGACGCAGUCCACGGCUGGCAACUCGGGGUCGCGGUUUGUAAACUUGUAUCUGCUCUGUACACCAUCAACUUCACCUGUAGCAUGAUGCUCCUGGCCCACAUCAGCAUGGAUCAGUACUUGGGUUUAACGCCGGGAGCCAGAAACUCAGGCGUUUCACGUGCUUUUCAAAAAAAGCAUUGUAAAAAACUCUGUUUGGUAGUUUGGAUGGUUGCGUUUUGUCUUGGCAUCCCUGAUUUGGUGUUUUCAACAGUCCGAGAGCUUCCUCAUAAAAAAAGCUGCAUCGCAAUGUAUCCGUCACACAUGGCCCUCCGAGCUAAAGCUAGUUUGGAAAUGGUGGAGGUCGUAAUAGGAUUCUUGCUACCUUUAAUAGUCAUGUUGUUCUGCUACACCUGUGUAGGCCGAGCCCUACUGAAGCUCCCUCAGGAGAGGAGGUGGAGAAAGUGGAGGUCCAUCCGUGUGCUGCUGGCGAUGGUGGGAGUCUUUGUGGUCACGCAGCUACCCUACAACGUGGUCAAGUUCUGCCGGGCCAUGGACAUCAUGUACACGUUUGUGACUCACUGUGGGGUUAGUAAAGAGCUGGACAAGGCUACUCAGAUCACAGAGAGCCUGGCGUUGACACACUGCUGUCUAAAUCCCGUUUUGUACACUUUCGUCGGUUCCUCUUUCAGACAGCAUGUUUUGAAGUGUGCUAAAGACUUUGGAGACAGGGGAAGGAGGUUGGCACAUGCAAGAGAGCAACAAGAAGUGGAUAUUUCCUUGAAUUCUCAUUCACAGUCGCAAGAGACAAGCACUUUUUCCAUUUGAGCAAACUGAAGAAAUGUUUACCAGCCUGUGGAGCUUUGCACCAUGUGUCCCUUUGCAAAAUAUGUUCAGUGCAGGGAUGUAUUUCUUAAUCAAGACAUCAUAAGGUAGUAUUUUGACCAGAAGAGUAAAAUUCUAAGCUGAAAUGCAAGAUGUCGAUAGUUGCGUUUAUAUCCACCUUUUUCUUCCCGUAAAAGUGGGCGUGGCCAUUUGUAAAUUUUACGAGUCUGGCUUCCAGUCUCAUCUGAGUCUCCGGUCUCGUCAGCUUGUUUUGCUGGUUGGUUUGCUGGUGUUUUAUCAUAUUUUAUUGUAUUAUCUUAACUAUUAGCACAGUGGUUUGUAGUGCAAACAGUUUUACUGUUUACGGCAUGUUGUUAUUCUUCUCAUUAUUUCCCUUUAGCAGCUAAUGAACCAAAAGUCUAAUCCAUAGCUUACUUCCACGUUAAAGUCCACAGAGUGAUAUGAGAGAUACGUAAGUAGCGCUGGACUACUAGCGGACUGAUGGUUAAGCAGUGUUGUCAAAUCCACGAUUUUGCCGCAGAAUUGGGCUUUUUUUUUUUUUUUUUUUUAACACUGUUGCCACGGGUUGAAGCAACCCCAAUAAUAUUAAGCCCCUAGAAUGCGAAUUUUACCAGUGGAACAAAAAACAUGUAAUUUAGUUUUGAAUAGCAAUUAGGUGGGUUUUGUUGUGAAAACCUGGCAACCCUGAUGGUAAGUUCAAGUCCUCCUUAAACAGUUACAUCAUUGAGUGCAUUCAAAUAAGUUUGGUUGAAUUUUUUGGUUGAAAUUUUUUUUGCAUAAUAUUCAACAAGACUUUCUUAAAGAAGUAGUUCACUUCCAGAACAAAAAAAAUUACAGAUAAAUUACUUACACCUUAUCUUCCAAGAUGUUCAUGUUUUUCUUUCUUCAGUCAUAAAAAAAAACUUGAUAUAGUGGACUUCUAUGGUGCCCGAGAGUUUGAACUUCCAAAAGGGCUCUAAACCAUCCCAGCCGAGAAAGAAGGGUCUUACCUACCGAAACGAUUGGUUAUUUUCUUAAAAAAAAAAAAAUAAUAAAAAAUAAUUAUAUAUACUUUUUAACCUCAAAUGCUUGUCACAGGUCUGCAUGAACUUUGUGUAUUUCGGUUCAAGACAGUUAGGGUAGUUUGAAAAACUCCCAUCUCAUUUUCUUCUCCAACUUCAACAUCGUCCUACAUCGCUGUUUUACCUUUUUUGUACAGAAGGUUUAAACCUUUUUGCACUUUCACUUUUUAAACACUGUGUCGGUACUUCUGCACCGAUUUAGGACAAUUUGAAGUUGGAGGAGAAAAUGAGAUGCUAGAUUUUCAACAUACCCCAUCUUGUCUUCACAUACCGGAAUACAGUUCACGCAGAGCUCGACAAGAUGAAAAUUCCAGGUUAAAAAGUUUAUAAAUGGUCAAACCUUUCUUCCUUGGUUGGGAUCAUUUAGAGCUCUUUGAAGCUGCAUUUAAACUGCAUUUUGGAAGUUCAAACUUGCAGGCACCAGUGAAGUCCACUAUAUAGAGAAAAAUCAGUUUGAAAUGUUUUCCUCUUUAUGACUAAAGAAAGAAAGAUGUGAGCAUCUUGGAUGACAAGGCAGUGAGUACAUUAUCUGUAAAUGUUUGUUCUGGAAGUGAACUUCUCCUUUUUAACUCUACAUUUACAAAAUUACACUCAUAAAUGUUCAUGUUCGUUCAACUAAUAGGCCCGCAUUCCCACAUGUAUUGAAAACAACUUGAUAAACUGCAUUGCCACUGAGAACAGCAAAUUUUAUGGUCCGAGUUAGAAGUCGUAAUGCCGUUAGGCAUUAAGUUACUUUGGUUGGAGCAAAGAUGGCAAUGCAAUAAAUAAAUAAAUAAAAGCAAAGAAAUUACACACUACUUAUACAAAAUACUGGGUAAAGAAUGUACAUGCAUGUAUUUUGCUUUUUUAUGUUUUUAUUCAAUUUGUUAAAGUUGUCAUUUAGAUUAUUAUAUAUUCUGUCAUAGCUGUACUAUCAUAUUUUUUAGAUGCAACUUUUUGAUUGUUUUAUGUAAAUAAAAUAAUUUCAUUAUAUUCAUCAAAUUUACCAUCAAUAGUCUCACUGCCUGCUGAAAAAACGGUAAAAUCAGUUUGUUUGGCUGGUCUUAGUUGGUUUAAGCUGGUCUCUUAACAAGAGUGCAAACCAUCCAUGACUAGGCUAGGCUGAUUUCAGCUUUUUUUCCCCAGCAGGCACAAGCCUCUUACUGGAAAAGAGGGUUUAAAUAAAGUUCUGAGUUUCCCACUCGUAAUGACUUUGUUCCAACAUGACUUGAAUGCAAGUCCACUAAAUGUCACAAAUGGCCAGUAAGAAUUGAGUAUUCCAGCCAUGUAACAAAAGAAAAUAAAUACUGGAUGAAUAUGUGGAUGAAUAACAGAACAAAAAUGUAAGAAAACAUGUUCUUCACUCCCAAAAUGUUUUAU